GAAGACUACAAUGCCUAAGAUGUGCCGAGAGCUGAUGAAUUGGGAUUAACAUUGAUAUACCAAGUGUCCUCCAAGAUCAGAAUGAAGUGUAGUGUUAUGGGUACAUGUAUGACCAUAGCAACAUACAGAUCCUGUAUGAGAGCAUGCACAUACAAGAACACAUUUCUACUGCUCGUUGUCUUGUCAACCCUUCUGAUAUCAUUCACUAUGUUACAACUAAACCAAGGAAUAGCAAGCUCAAAUGUUCUACGGUCUAAUACGACAUAUCUACAAAGCUGGCACCUCCCUGUGCCCAAGCCAGUGCCAAUCCACAAAAGCUGUGGGAGGGAAAGUGAUGCAUCCAUUGGAACAAGGGGAAUUCAAAUGGGUUUUCCUCUAUCAUGUUGCGCGGUUCAGAACAUCGCUUACAUAAAGACAUUGAAGACGGGCUCGACAACCAUAAUGUCAAUAAUCAAUAGAUAUGGAUUCUUUCAUAAUUUGUCUUUCAUUUUGAACCGGCAGUCGUCAACAAAUGGCCAUUUCUACCACCUCCCGUUCACGGAGAAAACGGCGGAAACACAUUUCUUGCCCCCUAUCCACGUGGCUGAGAAUGAUUAUCCAAAUUAUAAAAACUACAAUAUGAUGGCGGUCCAUGUUCGUUAUCAGCGGCCUGUAAUGGAGAGGUUCUUUGCACAGGGUACAAAAUACAUGACAAUUAUUCGUGAUCCUGGUAUGCAGUGGGAAAGUGCUUUUAUUCAUUUCCAAUUCCAUGAUGCAAUUCUAGUUAACAUAACCGUCAAGUCAAAUACCUUGGAUAACUCCACGUUUCUUAGCCGAAAUCCCCAAUUCAAAGGAUGUCGAGAAGAGCUUUUGAAGACAUCGCAAAAAAGCUCGUCCGUAAACCAGACCAAUUGUACGAUUUUGGAGCUUAUAGAAGAGUUUUUGUCGCGACCGAAAUUCUACCAGGAUCGUUUGCGUUUCUUGCCUUGGGAACAUGUAAUGGGAAAGAGAUGGGCAUACUCAAGGAACAACCAGAUUUACGAUCUUGGGUUGGACCCUCAGUACCACAAAAAUACGACCGCAGUGAAAGAAUGGAUCCAAAAACUUCAGGACGAGUUAAGUCUGGUCCUUAUCAAUGAAUACUUCGACGAAUCGCUUUUGAUCAUGCGCAAGCGCUUCUGUUGGAGCUUCCAAGACAUUGCUUACAUCGCCAAGAAUAUCCGGAUCAAGGAUAGGCGCCCAAGCAUGAGAGAUUCUCUAAGAGAUAGAAUACGCGAGUGGAAUGCCGCGGACACGCUCUUAUAUCAAUCCUUUAACCGCACGCUUUGGUAUCGUAUUGACAACUACGGACCAGGCUUUGGAACCGAUCUUGUUUACUUCAGGAAUCUUCUGGAAUCGUUAUUGCAGAACUGCACACAGGAAACAGAAGCGAAAAAGUGGGACAAGGACCAUCUCUUUGGCCACCAGGAGCGCGUGCCGCGCAAGAAUGUUUCGUUGUUCUGCCGAACGCUUGCUGAAUCUAAACGUGAAUUACAUACGAGAGUUUAUUGUAGGCAAGACGUCAAUAGAAGUACGGCAGCAUGUAAAGUGCGUAAGAAGCAAGUGAAAGUUGGCAAAGCCAAAGCAAAUCGCACGAAUCUUUCAACGAAGAACAAGAAGGGUAGAAGGAGGGUUUCCGCCAUUUCCAAAAAAACAAUUCAAUCAAGUCACUGAAAAGGGAAGGAAUGGUCCGGAAUAGACCUAUAAUCAAACUUAGUUUCCCAGUCUAAAGAAGAAAAGGGACAAUAAAAUCAUGUAGAAGGUCCAUGAUAAAAUGAACCAUCGUGGUCAUACUUUGGAAAAUUUGCCAAACACGCCUGAUCUUUCGGUUUUAUACUACUUGUGUUCAUACUUCAUAUGACAAGGAACAACUUUCGUCUUGGUGUCCAAUGUCUCGUGGACACCUUGACAGUAUGAAGGCGCUUUUCUCAAGAUGGCUUCCGAAUUCAUCAAUGUAUAAUGAUUAAUUACAGCAUUCCCACCAGUUAAUCACAUUAAAUGAUCGGGGUCAUUAGUAGGCUUCAAAUGAAAUGUAUAUCAACAAAACAGGAAUAUCAAAGAUUUGAUAAAAGCUACAAUUUAUCGAGAUGGCGUCAGCAUGACUGCUAGCUCUACCACUCUUAAUUGGCGGUAGUCUACCGCUUUUCAAGCAUUUUCACCACCUACCGUAUAUAUAUUCACUUUCCUAAUAUAAUCUGCUUUUUCAGAUAAUGUAUUUUCACAAAUUUUUGUCAGAAUACAUGAUUCAUUGAACAAGAGGUUUUUCCAACUCUUCAAAAAAAAUAUUUGGAUCGUAAUAUAUGGUAGGUGUUUUUAUCUUUGUGCUGUGUUUAACACCGCAGUGGGGUGUGGUUGGAGGUGCGCGGCAGCUAAUUAUACUCUAUCAUGAGAGCGUUACUAUACAGUGCGUAUAAAAAAAAUGGGACAGUUUUGAAGAGUCUAUAGAAAAUUUGUUUCAAAUUAUGAUAUCUACAUUUUGAUGUUAAUAGAUGCUCUGAAAUCGUAUCUUUGAAAAGCAAUUUGAAAAAAUAAAUUUUGUUCAUGCUUGAGCGAACACGGGACGUUUUUGUCGGGGGUUCAAAAAGAAGCUUGCGCCAGGAAAGCAGAAUAUGAGUAAUAUGAUGAUCAGACUUCUUGCUAAUCAGCAGACUUCCUCUUAAUCUUUUCAUUAUCUGUGCCACAAUUUUCGAAUUAUGCUGUCAAAUUUUAUUAACAAAUUUAUCUUUUUACAUGAAUUAUUUUGUUUUUUCAUUUAAACUUCUUUUACCUUUGAAUCUUCCUUCAUAAGUAAGAAAAGAAGGCCUUUUGUCAACCCAAGCAAGAAGAUUUGCAUUAUUAAUUGGGAAAACUUGUAAUUAUUCAAAUCUUUUUAAUUAUGUGAAACAAAUUAUGUUAUGGAACCUUUAAAAGACAUGAAUUCAUUUUUCAAGGGGUUAUUGUUUCCUUGACCAAGUUUAAUUAUAUGCUUGACAGGACAAACAGGGAGGGAUUCAUGUCUUUCAAUGGCAAUGGCGUAUUGAGUCAAUUUUGAAGGAGCUAGAUAUGGCAGAUCUGGUAAAAUGUAUUAAAAUGUUGUGAGCGAGCGAAGCGAGCACACAAAUAUUCCCACAUUUUAAUUACAAUAUCAGAUUUUGUAAUAGAUUUUGACAAAAUAUUUAGAAAAUAAUAUCAUAUUCUACUUUUUAUCUUUCCUUUUAUUUGCUUUCAACUUUUUUCUUGGUCAUGAUUUUUUUUUAUUGAGGAUGGGGGGUAUCCCCAAGACCCCGUCCAUCUGUAUGGCACUGUUCAAAAGGCACCAUAACCUUUGUAGCACACAAUGAAAGGAUUUGAAGAAAAAAUACACGCUUUUCCAUACUU